CCUUCUCUCUUAAGUAUCAAUAUCCUCCCUUUUGUUUCAAUAUUGAUUCUUUCUUUUAAAUCACAUUGUUUCUUACAGCAAGCAGUAUGGAUGGUUCAAGUUUAGGCAAGUGGCUGUGUCUUAUUGUUUACAUACUGACAUUGCUCAAGACAGAAGGAGCUAGCAUUCCCAUGACUAUUGUCCAGGCUGCUGUUGCUAGAGGAGCUGUUUGCUUAGAUGGGAGUCCACCAGGAUACCACUUUGAGAAAGGAUCUGGUUCUGGGAUUAACAAUUGGUUGGUUCACAUGGAGGGAGGAGGAUGGUGUGAGAGUGUUGAGUCUUGUGUUUCUCGUAGGGACACUUACAAGGGUUCAUCAUUGAAAAUGGAGAAGACAAUGGGGUUCUCUGGCAUACUAGGCAGCAAGCAAGCAGCUAAUCCUGAUUUUUAUAACUGGAAUAGAAUCAAGAUCAGAUACUGUGAUGGUUCAUCAUUUACUGGUGAUGUGGAAGCUGUUGAUCCGAAAACUAAGCUUUACUUCAGGGGAGAAAGGAUUUGGCAGGCUGUCAUUGAUGAUCUAUUGGCGAAAGGAAUGAGAAAUGCUCGAAAUGCUAUUCUUUCUGGAUGCUCUGCUGGUGGAUUGGCUGCUAUUUUGCAUUGUGAUAAAUUCCAGUCUCUCCUGCCUGCAAGUGCUAGGGUAAAAUGUGUUUCUGAUGCUGGUUAUUUUAUCCAUGGAACGGACAUCUCUGGAGGGUCUCGAAUUGAAUCCUUCUUCGGUCAAGUUGUUAAAACCCAUGGAUCAGCAAAGCAUUUGCCUGCAUCAUGCACUUCAAAAACGAGACCAGAAUUGUGUUUCUUCCCACAAUAUGUGGCACAGGCCAUGCGAACGCCACUUUUUAUAAUCAACUCAGCCUAUGAUUCCUGGCAGAUAAAGAACAUCCUUGCACCAACCGCUGUUGAUUCCAAAAAAGAAUGGAAGAACUGCAAGCUUGACUUGAAAAAGUGCUCGGCUACUCAACUCCAAACUGUGCAGAAUUAUAGGACACAAUUCCUAAAAGCAGUGAAUAUUGGACUCGGCAGCUCUUCAUCGAGAGGAUUGUGGAUAAAUUCUUGCUACGCUCACUGCCAAUCUGGGUCGGUAUCUACGUGGUUAGCCGACAAAUCCCCCGUGGUGGGCAAUGUGAAAAUCGGAAAGGCAGUUGGAGAUUGGUUCUAUGACCGAAGUGCCUUCGAAAUCGAUUGCGCUUACCCUUGCAACCCUACUUGCGUCAGUAUUGAUUCCGAAUCAUGAGAGCAGGCACCUAGUGUAUAUUUAUUGUCAUUAAGAAACAUGCCAAUCUUAUGAGUCGAGUUUAUAAGCUAUACAACAAGCUGAGUAAGAGUGCUACUUCUUUGAGUUCUGUCAUUGUUUAUGUAAUGCUUGUUCGAAAAAGAGUCAUUAUUCAUGUAAUCACUAUUAUAAAGUGAUUGAGUCUAAUGCUGAAAUACUAAAAUAAAAUUAUCCGGGAGUUUCUAA